AUGGCCCAGACGGUCCACAGCCUCUGCUCCACCUUUGGCCUCCAGUGCUGCCUCCUCUUCCUUCUAGCUUCUUGGGAGGCAGGUGCUACUGCAUUCCAAGAAUAUCAGAAAACUGGGGAACUCUCAACAUCUGAUCACAUAUUUCCCCUCACUCCAGGCCUUGUUUAUAGUAUCCCUUUGGAUCACACUGUUCAUUCAGGACAAAGACCUCCAGAGCUCCCUAAAUCUACAGAAAUCCAUGAACGAAAACGCCACUGCACCACCACACGCCCUUCUAAGCCAACUGACAAGCCUAUAGACAACUCCAAAACUACAGACCACAAAAGCUCUACAGAUAAUCAUGAGGCUCCUCCCUCUUCUGAAGAAAACUCCAGCAAUCAAGGGAAAGACCCAACGAUCCGGAAUCAGCACUCUGUUGAUCCUGCUUACUCCACUACCGCACAUAAAGAAUUCUCUGAAAAAAAACAUAUAACGCCAGCACCCAAGAGCAAAAUAAAUUGUCAUAAGUCCACAACAGGCAAAUCAACAGCAACAAGAAAACCAGAUGAAACUGGAAGAUCUUUGGAAAAGUCCAUGAGUACUUUGGAUAAUAAAAGUACUACCUCACAUAAGACUACAACUUCCUUCCACAACUCAUGCAAUUCACAGACCAAGCAAAAAAACACAUCUUUUUCAGAAAAAAUCACAGCAGCCUCAAAAACAACAUACAAGACUACAGGAACCCCAGAAGAGUCAGAAAAAACUGAAGAUUACAGAACAACAGUUGCCUCAGAUAAGCUCCUGACAAAAACUACAAAAAACAUACACGAGACCAUAUCAGCCAAUGAGACACAAUCUCUAGCAAAGCCUACAGAACAUGGAGAAAGGACAGCCAAUGGGAACACCACACCAUCCCCAGCAGAGCCUACAGAACAUGGAGAAAGGACAGCCAACGAGAAAACCACACCAUCCCCAGCAGAGCCUACAGAAAAUGGACAAAGGACCCCAUUUGCCAAUGAGAAGACCACAUCAUUCCCAGAAGAGCCUACAGAAAAUAGAGGAAGGACAGCCAAUGAGAACACCACACCAUCCCCAGCAGAGCCUACAGAAAAUGGACAAAGGACCCCAUUUGCCAAUGAGAAGACCACAUCAUUCCCAGAAGAGCCUACAGAAAAUAGAGGAAGGACAGCCAAUGAGAACACCACACCAUCCCCAGCAGAGCCUACAGAACAUGAAGAAAUGACCCCAUUUGCCAAUGAGAACACCACACUAUCCCCAGCAAAGCCUACAGAACAUGGAGAAAGGACACCAUCAGCCAACGAGAAGACCAUACCAUCUCCAGCAGAGCCUACAGAACAUGAAGAAAUGACCCCAUCGGCCAUUGAGAACACCACACCAUCCCCAGUAGAGCCUACAGAAUAUGGAGAGAAGACUACAUUGGCCAAUGAGAAGAUCACAGUAUCCCCAGAAGGGCCUACAGAACAUGGAGCAAAAACUACUUUGGCCAAUGAGAAGAUCACAACAUCUGUAGCGGAGCCUACAGAACAUGGAGAAAGGACCACAUCACCCAAUGACAAGAUCACCUCAUCUGCAGCAGAGUCUACAGAACAUAGAGAAUGGACUACAUCAGCCAAUGUGAUCACACCAGCCCCAGCAGAGCCUAUAGAACAUGGAGAAAGGACCACAUUGGCCCAUGAGAAGAUGACACAAGUCACAAAAAAGUCUACAGAACACCCAGAAAAGACCAUGUCAACCACAGAGAAAACCACAAGAGCCUCAGAAAAGCCUACACUACACUCAGAGAAGACCAGAUCCACCAAAGAGAAAAACACAUCAGUCCCAGAAAAGCCUACAGAAAACCCGAGGAACACCACACUGACCACUGAGACCAUAAAAGCCCCAGUAAAGUCCACAGAAAACCCAGAAAAAACAGCAGCAGUCACAAAGACUAUAAAACCUUCAGUCAAGGUCGCAGGAGACAAAUCUCUCACUACUACCUCUUCUCAUUUAAAUAAAACUGAGGUUACUCAUCAGGUGCCCACUGAUUCUUUCACCCUCAUUACACGUAGAACAAAGUUGAGUUCUAUCACAUUAGAAGCCCCAGGCAACGAGAGCCAUCCAUACCUCAAUAAAGAUGACUCACAGAAAGGUAUCCACGCUGGACAGAUUGGGGAGAAUGAUUCAUUCCCUGCAUGGGCCAUAGUUGUUGUGGUCCUGGUGGCUGUGAUUCUCCUCCUGGUGUUCCUUGGCCUGGUCUUCUUGGUCUCCUAUAUGAUGCGGACACGCCGCACACUAACCCAGAACACCCAGGACAAUGACCCAGAGGAUGAGGGUGGCCCCAAUUCCUACCCAGUCUACCUGAUGGAGCAGCAGAAUCUUGGCAUGGGCCAGAUCCCUUCCCCACGGUGAUCUUGGAAUAGGAGCCCAGCCCUGGCUCUUCCAUGCUCUGCCCCUUUCCUGGAUGAGGAACUGGACUCACAAUUUCUAUUUCCUGGACUACAGGAAGGGCAGAGAAUACUGAUGGUUACCAGUAUUAACCCUUCCUCUGUUCUUCAUUGAAACUGGUUGGCGAACAAAGUGAUAAGCAAGGAGGAUGUAAGUUUAGGGGUCAAAGAACAAAGAAUGAAUAAUACGAGCAGACAUUCUCUGUAGAAUGUGAUGGUCUGAGAACGAAAAGGUGUUUGAUGGACAUGUUGGGGGACCAAUGCAGAACUGCACUGAGUCCUAAAGAAAGGACAGGAGCCUUAGAAGGCAAUGCCCCAGACUGACUUGUGAGUGGGGAUUAUGGGGAAAGGGAGAGACUGAGGGCAGAGUCUCUGGGUUUCAGGACAGCAUUGUUAUUUCCAUUCACUAUUACUUAAGAGUUUGCAUGUAAACAGGCUCAUCUCUGAGUUUUCAGGACCCUUGCUUCCGCCCCAUUUUCUUAAUAAAAAAAACAAAAAAACAAAACAAACAAAAAAAACGGAUCCAAGAAGAAAAAAGAAUUUAUUUCCUUCUCCACUCUCUCCAUGCCCUGGAGAAAAAAAAAAAUUCAGAAGAAAUCACAAAUCUCUCUCAUCCACAUGGUUGACCCCUCUUCCUCCCAAAUCCCUUAGUUUUCCUAAACGUCUACAGUGGACACCCUGUUGGUUUGGCUUGCUGGGUUGUGGGUGGACACACAAGGAGGGGAUUUUUGUUUGGCCAGCAGUCUCACCCACUGAUCUCCAUCCCAGACUUUCCCUGAUGGUGUCUCAGCAUUUAUUUUCCUGUCUCUUCCACCAAAAGUCAGCUGUGGCUUUAUGUCGUAAAAGUUACCCAUCUUCUCUACCAUCCCCAUACUCUCCCCUCCCACCUUCACCCCAGAUUCCAAUUUUCCUCCUUGUAGUCAUUUCAUCUAUGUGUUUUCUACAUUUUCUCUCUCUCUCCUUAUGGCCAUUUCACCUUACUACUGAUUGGGCAGAGGGGAAAAGAAGAAUGAUGAUAAUAGUUUCCUUCUACUGACCUUUUUUAUAAUAAAGUAUAACAUGUUUAUAAAGGG